UUAUGUUCGACCUGAGAAUGAGUUGGCUGAGUCCCUUCAUACGACGAUGGUGGAGAGGAGCCAGUUAGUUCUUCAGGAGUCCGUCUCCCAACUUCCUCUCGAUACUCCGCUCGAGUUUGUGGAUCCUCCACAUGAUGCAGGGUUUCAGAUCUUGACGGAGACGUUGGAUCAGACUCUCAGGAGGAGGCUGGGAACAUAUUGUCGGGGGAUGGGGAAUGUCUGGCGGCGGGAACCUAAACCCCGUUCAUUGUCGCAGUUAAACGAGGUGACUGCUUUGACAGUGACGGUGGUCGAGCUAAAGGGUCAGAUGUUUGUGCUUCUAGAGUCCCUCGUUCGGUCCGGCAUUCCAAUCUCUCAUUUUAGUUCCUCGUCGACCUUCUAGCUCCUCCAACCCGAGCAUGGCCAUCAGACCUCUGCCCCUAUCGACAAUGUCCAGACCUCCGAGCUGCAUUUGCCAGACGACCAAG